UAUGUGUUAUUAUUAAUCUGCGUUAAAUAAAGAUUAUUAUUGAAUGUAGUCUCCUGAUUGAUUUAUUGAACCGCCACUCUUCACCACACUCAGACCUUGGAAAUAAAGGAGGUGGCAGCGGAUUCGCUACCGAACCCGUGCUUGUAAACAAGCCGAGGGUGACCUCUGUCUUUUUAGUGAGAAACAAAAAUACGUUGUUAGUUUGAUAAUGUAAUAUGUGUAUGAACAUGUAUUUGCCUCUGCUCAAAUCCAACUGUAAUACGCAAGAAAAUAAGUAACCAUUAUGUAGAAAAAAAAAAAAGUUAAACUUAUUUGGAAGCGUGUAAUGAAUCUACGCAGCUGUUUCUUUUGUAAAAGUAAUCCAUGUAAUUAAAACAACUGCAAACAAAUAACAAUUCAGUAAAUAAAGCGGAGUUGUUAAUCAGCAGCGCUAUCCAGUGAAUGCCAGUCAGCAGAGUGGUGAUUAACACGCGCUCACAGACACGGCUCAGGGGGGGCGUGUCUAAUGUGUGCGCGCUCUUCUCUGCUGGCUUAUAUUUCAAUCAGGUCCGAUCAGUGUCUAUAUAAAAGAACCUCAGCCCUCUUUUCGGUUAUUGUGUUUCUAAAUACAUCGCUGCAGUAUGUCUGGAAGAGGCAAAGGCGGUAAAGGACUCGGGAAAGGAGGCGCCAAGCGUCAUCGCAAAGUGCUCCGUGAUAACAUCCAGGGCAUCACCAAGCCUGCUAUCCGCCGCCUGGCUCGCCGCGGAGGAGUGAAGCGAAUCUCCGGGCUGAUCUAUGAGGAGACCCGCGGGGUGCUGAAGGUGUUCCUGGAGAAUGUGAUCCGGGAUGCCGUCACCUACACUGAGCACGCCAAGAGAAAGACCGUCACCGCUAUGGAUGUGGUGUAUGCGCUGAAGCGCCAGGGGCGCACUCUGUACGGGUUCGGGGGUUAAGGAUUUGCAUCGGCUACAUUUGAACACAAAGGCUCUUUUCAGAGCCACCCACUGUGUCAAGCAAGAGUUUAAAUCCAUUUAUUGAUCAUUCAUUUUGUGUAGUAGCAGGAGAAGCUACAUGUGUUAAAAUUAGUAUUUUAUGAUUUACGUUAGUUCUUUCGGUCUGUCUGUAUGUCAAACACAUAAGGGGAUUUACAUUUAGAUAUACAUGAAACAUAAACACUUCUGCAGUCGGAAGGGGGGAAUGUAUGGCUCAGAUUCGCGAUUCUACCACCAACGUGUAACUUUACAAUGGCACGGAAUUCAAAAAGAAUAAUCUCACCCAAACCACAGAUGGGUAUGUGUAGGAAUGUUUUUCAUGUGGACACA